AUGGAUCUGGCCGAGGAAGAAUGUGGCGAAUGGGAGUACGAAGAGGAGGAGGAAUAUGAAGAAGGAGCUGAAGAGGAACAUUUUCCGAUCGGCUACACAAUCGAAUUCUCGGCCGAAGAUCGAGAAGCGCACGAAGAGGAUGGCGAUGCUGAACAAGCACCUCGGGGUGGCUUGGGCUCUCAGGCGCUGCCGGUGUCGGACACGCUCAGGGCUGAUUGGGAUGGCAUACCCACUGAUGGGGCUGAAUAUCUGUUUACUGUACGGUUUGUGACUCGUUCGAUCCUAUGCUCAGGCAGAAAAACCUUAGAGCUCGGCAAUACUAACUCGAUUUCUCUUUGGUUAUUCUGCCUCUCAAUCACGGGUUCGACAAACCGAAAUUCCAUCAUCUCUGCCAGACGCGAAGCCAGGGCCAGACCAAGGAUUGUUGCAAAAGAGAAUCCCUACAAGCUACCCAGUCGUUCCCUUCCCCAACCCGGACCAAUAGGAUGUAAACAAUCGGGACCAAGCGAUUCCUGGAGAAAGAAGUUCAUUGAGAGGUUUAUGAACAUGCGUCAGAGUCUUCAAGUUCAGGAGCCAUGGCAUUGGGAUCUCGCCGAGGAUUUUCGUCGCCCGCCUCCCGACAAUGACGAAUCUAACUGGAAGAUUUUCAUCUUGGGAAAGAAGACAAAUCUCAAAGAUUAUCCAGCCAGAGCUCCCAUCCCAUUGUUCCUGAAAGCCUUGGAACAGGCGACUGUAAUUGCGGUACUAAGUCACUAUCAAGCUUGGAUCCAAGAACGGAUCAAUGCGCUUGCAACAAUGAUUGAACAGAGCAAUGAUGUCGAACUGCCAGAUGAUGUCGAAGAUCCCACUGAAUCUCAAGAAAUCGUCUUACUCUCACCCUCUGAUGGGGCUUGGUUGAUGGGCCUACUAGCUGUCCUGGAUGCCGUCUUGACUUCUGAGGAUGUUUUCAAGCUUCGCGAACUCGCUCGGAGCUGCAAACACGUCGUCCACAUCACGAACGCCGCCCUCCAGCUUGCCCAGGACAGCUCGGCCGAGCAAGAAGCCGGCGUGGCAUGGAUGGUCAUCGCUGCAGUGGCUGAUGUUUGGGGACAGAAAGACUUAUGGGAUGAGUAG